AUGGGAAGGUUUCCAUGCUGCGAUGAAAAUGGCCUUAAGAAGGGACCCUGGACUCCUGAAGAAGAUCAAAAGCUAGUUGAUUACAUUCAGAAACACGGCCAUGGAAGUUGGAGAGCUCUCCCUAAGUUAGCAGGUCUUAAUAGAUGUGGAAAAAGCUGUAGGCUAAGGUGGACCAACUAUUUAAGACCUGACAUCAAGAGGGGGAAAUUUUCUCAAGAAGAGGAGCAGACAAUUCUGCAUCUCCAUUCCAUUCUUGGAAACAAAUGGUCAGCAAUUGCAACCCACCUUCCUGGCAGGACCGAUAAUGAGAUCAAGAAUUUCUGGAAUACUCACUUAAAGAAAAAACUGAUUCAGAUGGGUUUUGAUCCAAUGACACACCAGCCAAGAACUGAUCUAUUUUCCAGCUUGCCAUAUCUGCUAGCUUUGGCCAACAUGACAGACCUUAUGGAUCAUCAAUCUUUGGAUGAACAGGCUUUCAGGUUACAUGCAGAGGCCGUUCAGCUAGCAAAGCUUCAAAAUCUUCACUAUUUACUCCAAUCUACAAAUUCCUUAGACACCAACUAUUAUGACCAAAAUGCCAUCACAAACAUGGAAGCUUUCAAUUUGUUAAAUUCAAGUACUAAUGUCAAAGACAACCUAGUAAUUAUGGACUGUCCACAACUGAAUAGUCCAGCCUCAUUUUCUAAUGGGAUUUCUAGCUCCCAACUGCUCCCCCACUCAAGCAUGUUAUCUCACUUUCUAGACCCAAAAGUCUCUUUCAGCUCCCAAUCUGGUUUGAAUAGUGAGCAGGGUCAAGGUACUACUGACUUUGAAAUGAUAGGUCAAGGGGACCACACAGUUGAUGGCUCUCCCUGGAUAAUAACAUCAUCUCCUGCUCCAUCUAUUCCCCUAAAUGUGACAGGGACCUCAACUAGCAAUCCAGGAGAUGCCAGCAGUAGCACUUCUAGCCAUGGAGGAACCUCUUCUUAUUGGCCUGAACUAUUUUUUGAGGAUCCCAUUAUGCAUGAGCUAUCGUAA